CCGGAGCCAGUACGUUUCGAUUUGUAUGGGUUUGCUAUCAAUAAUUACAUGUACAGUAAAUUUAAGUGACAGGUAAUUCAUUCUGUGCGUUUUUCUAGACCCUCGACAGGCUCACCCGAAAUGGCAAAUCCGAAGUACGCUGAUCUUCCGGGAAUAGCGUACGAGCAGCCGGAUAUUUACGAGACAGAAGACCUGCCGGAGUCGGACCAAUUGAUUUCGGACGUGGGCGUGGACCAAUCCGACAGUGUUAACACGCUGACGGUUACCUUGACAGAAGCUUAUGACAAGUUCAAGGAUUGUAUGGUGGACGCUUCGACCGUUGAUUUUACAGAGGGCAUCUCAAGGCAGCCGAGGAAAGGCUACAAUGUCACCUCUGGUGAAUGGGAGAUGGCUGGGGACAAGGAGCCUGAAAACCUGCAACAGAAGUACCAGCGGCUCCAGUUUGAAGUCCGCGAGCUGCUCGAUGAAGUGCAAUCCAUCAAGGAAAGUGCCCAAGAAGGAGACCAGGGUGGCCUGACAGAGUCAGCCUACCUGUUGCAGCAGGCACAGCUUAUACAGAAGAUGCUGUUGGACUUGGACCUGGAGCGCGUGCUCGGGGCACCGACCCUGCAGGCACUCUCUGACCCUCAGGGCACGCUGCACAGGACGCUGGUGAGCCAGUUAGAGCGACUUCGCACCGGUCCCCCUCCAGCUGCCCCUCAAGUCCAAGAGAAGCCACCUGCUGAGCCUUCUCAGGACGCAGUGCAGACCACCAUCAAGGUAGCUGGCUUGGAGGAACGUAUCAAGAAGCUGGAGAACCUGGUUGGGACUGAUUCUCAAAAACUGUCAAUGCUUACGAGUCACACAAGUGGCAACUGCCUUACGGAGAUAGCGCAGCUGCUUUGUUCACGGCUGCACCUGCUUGAAUCGUCGCACCUAGACCAGGUGGAAGCACGGCUGUCACUGCUCCAGCAGAAGAUGCAACAGUGUGCCGACAAAAAGACUGCCCUGGAAGAGAUUGACAAAACUGGCAAGGUCAAUGAACUGUACGAGUUGCUGAAGAAAGCAGAUGCCAUGGGGAACUCGCUCAACCAGGUUGUUGAGCGGCUGGUUUGCCUUCAGGGCGUGCACGAACAUGCGUUGCAGUUUUCCAAGGCAAUCUCUCAACUGGACCUUGUGCAGCAGCACUUGUCGCUAGCGCUCAAGAGCAAUGAGAAGAACUUGGCAGAGGCACAGAAGAAUUUUGCAGAGAACACCGAGACCAUAACAAAGAACUUGGCUUUGCUGGAAGCGAAGAUGGCUGCCCUCAAGAAGUAACACCCCAGCGGCUGGCUGAUAUGCAAUUUCCUGGUGUCUGAAUGGAGCUACAUACUGUGAUUAUGUGUGGGAAGAACUUUUAUUAAACUAUGCCACCUCAUA